UUCCCUCCCACAGCCAAUUCCACAGAGAUCCUCCGGGCGCCUGAUUGGAUGAGAAGCAAACGAUAAGGGGCGAGAACAAUAGCAUCAUCCCUCCUUAAAAAGAGUGCAGCUAUGUAUUAAGAGAGAAGAAGAAAAAAAAACGUUACGGGGAGGGGAGGUAGGCACACCCUGACCAAAAGGUACUACACCCGGCGUGUCUGUAGCCAAGUGCACAGCCGUGGAUCACAUUCAACGCAUCGCAUCCUCUCCAAGUGCCUUUCUUCAUCCGCCCGCCGACAUGCCCAAAGGUUUCCUGGUGAAAAGAAACAAGAAAGCGGCACACGUCUCUUACCGGAUUCGUUGCGAUGACGAUGAUGGACAGGAAGCGACUCUGGAAUGUCAGAUUCAGCGCGACGCGUCCCCGCCUCUGUCCAGUACCUGCAUCCCGGAGAUCGCAGCAUCAUCACCAUCCGAUGCAGCAGACACGCCGGUCCACGGUCACGGAGCCAAACCAGUGCAGUUUGGUAAUCCGGAGGCGGUUUAUCAAGCCCUAUACAGCCCCACCCGCCCCAUCAGCAAGGACCAUGAGAGGAAAUAUUUCGACAGAAGUUUCAACCUGGGCUCGCCCAUCUCCGCCGAAUCAUUUCCGACUCCUACCUCUCUCACCAGCCUGGACCACCUCCUUUUUGCUCCGGUAGACUUGAAAAUCGGCUCCAGCAACAGCAGCGCGCUGACAUCGGCUGUUAGGAGCGUCGGAAAAAGGCCCUCCACUGACACCGAGCGCAAAAGUAAAAGCGGAGCCAAGAAACCCAAAGCCAUACGGAAGCUGACCUUCGAGGACGAGGUGACCACUUCACCAGUACUCGGCCUUAAAAUCAAAGAGGGCCCUGUCGACCUGAAACCGCGAGCCUUAUCUGCCAGUGGCAACAAACCCCUAGGAGAGUUCAUCUGCCAACUCUGCAAGGAAGAAUACGCGGACCCGUUCUCUUUAGCGCAGCACAAGUGCUCGAGGAUCGUGAGGGUCGAGUACAGGUGUCCUGAAUGCGACAAAGUGUUCAGCUGUCCUGCUAACUUGGCCUCUCAUCGCCGCUGGCACAAACCGCGCGCUCAGCCUGCACCCGGCGUGCCAACUUCACAAGCGGCCAAGAGCGACACGUCCAAAAUGCCCGCUGUCUCCAGAGGCUUCGGAGAGGAAAUCAAAGACGGAAGAGAGUAUUCGAGCGAGAGGGACUCUCCGAGCCCGGCUUUGUCAGAGUCCGGCUCAGAGGACGGCCUGUACGACUGCCAGCGCUGCGGGAAAAGGUUUAAACGCCAAGCGUACCUCAGAAAGCACGUGCUGGCCCAGCACGCGCUGCAAAACCAAAUGAUGGGCGACACUUUUCAAAGCGCUGAGAGAGGAGAGAGCCCGGAAAUGGCGCAGCACUCUGGAGAAGGCAGCCCGAGUCCGAAUCUGAGCCCGCUGAAUUUAAGCCCAGCUGACUGCAUGCCGUGUCCGGUCUGCGGUGAGAUCGUGGCUGACAGAGUGAGCCUGGAGCGGCACGUGCGCGUUCUGCACGCUUCGCAGGUGUUUCCAUGCAAGCACUGCCCUGCCACUUUCUACAGCUCUCCAGGUCUGACCAGGCAUGUCAACAAGUGUCACCCCACAGAAAAGCGGCAGGUUAUUCUGCUUCAGAUGCCCGUGAGGCCCGCGUGCUGAAGAACAGCGAAACGGAAACCAGGAAGCGCGCGCACUCGCACCUGCACCCAGAGGCUCACGGGCUACGUGUAAAACUGCCCACUUCUAUACUCUACCCGGAGGCGCAUCAUUUUACCUUUAUCACGCUUUCCUGCAGUUUUAGAGCUUGUAAUGAUUAGGAAUCUCUCCUAGUCAGCUAACAAAAUUGGCAUCGAUCUACAGUUGAAAUGACUAUAUUUUGAGAUUUCUCACGCCAAGUAGCCUAAAGAAGAGUAUUAGUUUGGUUGUGAAAUGGUAUUUUUCUAGGGCCGAUGCACACGUGGUAAUGUAAUAGCUUCUAGACCUAAGAUAACGUUCAAACGUUGGUGUACCUCUGUGAAAGCCUCGAAUUCACAUGCUGUACAUUUCUCUCGUCUGUAGCUUUAAUCUAGUAUGUGAAUUGCAGGAUGUGGGAAUUUCUCUCUCCAAAAGGUUCCCUUUAGAAUAGCCAGAAAUGCCUUUAGAGAAACACAUCAAACACUUGCUGUAUAACUGCCUUAAAGAACUCGGUGUAAUGAUUGUUUUGAUUUUGUUUGAAUGUCGGCACAUAUUUACAAUUUACUGUCAUUAUGUAAGAUGAUUGUAAAACGUUUAAUCGUUAAUAUUUAUUUAUGUAUUUAUUUAUUUACAAUUGUUUCAUGUAAGUUAUUGUGUUCUUGAGUAAUUGAAGUCCUUUGUCCUAUUUUAUAGCCGAUUGUUGGGUCGGGUUCGAGUUGUGUAGGCCUGUCUUCAGUGCUCUUACAAUCUGAUCAGCUCUUGUAAACGUGAAGCUCUUAGAGAUGCAAUCCUUUUCUAUAAACAAGCUUAUUUUCUUAAAUGUUUGCUACUAGCGCUGUACAUGUUGUGUUGUCUACUAAAAUAAAAAAUAUUUUUAAAAGCGAAUCUUUAUUAAUCAGAGUUUCAUUAAAUAUUGGGCAUCAAUGAUUCACAAAAACACAAAGUCCAGAUGGAUAUAAAAAAAGAAAGAAAAUAAAA